AUGAUAUCCUCCAUCAUUCACUACACCAUUCAACUUCCGGUUACCAAAGGAGGGCUGAAGUCAUCUGGUGAUUGUGAUCUUAAACCGUUCUUCACGACUACUAAGCGAGGUUUCCCGAAACUGAUGUUGGACGGCUUCUUCUAUAACCGCUACAGAACGACAGCUAACUGCAGAACCAAUUGGAGAUGCGACCACAUUGGUUGCUAUGCAAGUGUCACCACGGAGACAGAUGUCUCGGAAGAUUAUGGCUUUCCCCGUCACUACAUAUCUUAUCUGUUUGAUAACAGAGGCUCUGAAGAAAGCAGCAGUCAGUCGGGUGCCGAAAGUCAGAGAUUUGUGUGUGUGCGCUGCAAAAAACAAUACAAGUACGAGUGCUCACUCAAGAGGCACCUCAAGUUUGAAUGUGGACAUUUGCCCAAGUUCACGUGCUCCAAAUGUGGUUACAGUACCAAACGACAUCAUAAUCUGUUGAGGCAUAUCAAAACUACCAAACAUCUCAGUGUCUUGAACAAGAUCAUUUGUCCUCGGUGCGGGAAAAGCUACAAGUACCACUCGAGUCUCGACCGCCAUCUUAAGUACGAGUGCGGAGUGGAGCCGAGAUUCAAGUGUCCCAUCUGCGAUCAUGUCACCAAGCAUAAGUCAAAUUUCUCAUCGGCGUUUACCAGUGCAAAACAUUUCGAAUCACAACUUGGUUCGCAAAGAAUUGUUCGCCACUCGAGUUCGGCGCUGGUAUCCCUUGGUCCAGAUGACCAGCACCCGUUCGUCUGCGACCGAUGCAAUCGCUCCUACAAAUAUCAAGCAGGUCUUUCCUCUCAUAAACGCUUUGAAUGCGGCAGACAACCACAGUUCAACUGUCCACACUGUGCAUUCAGCAGCAAGUUGAAAGGCAACCUCAAGAAGCACAUUGCACUGCAUUUCUCAUCGGCGUUUACGAGUGCAAAACAUUUCGAAUCACAACUUGGUUCGCAAAGAAUUGUUCGCCACUCGAAUUCGGCGCUGGUAUCCCUUGGUCCAGAUGACCAGCACCCGUUCGUCUGCGACCGAUGCAAUCGCUCCUACAAAUAUCAAGCAGGUCUUUCCUCUCAUAAACGCUUUGAAUGCGGCAGACAACCACAGUUCAACUGUCCACACUGUGCAUUCAGCAGCAAGUUGAAAGGCAACCUCAAGAAGCACAUUGCACUGCGUCACAUCACUAAAUUUUACUAUUUGAAAUCUUCAAACAAAUUGAAUGUCGGAUUUUAUCAACGAUGA